AUGUCCCUCACUCAAGCCAAUCCUCUCGUCGAUGUUAUUUGGUGGACGGAUUCCGAUCUCUACCUCAAAUGCCCCUAUUGCGAGGAGCUCCAUCACCAUGGGUUUAGAUCCUACGAAAGUGCCCUGCGUGUACCGCAUUGUGGCUUUCCUCGACCUUCAUAUCGGUACAGAUUUCCUGUUACCUAUGAGAUUGACAAAGCUAGAGCACGUUUUAUCAAUAUCAACGCUCUUGAAGCAUUAGCCAGUGACGCCCAGCAUAAUUCCGAAUAUGAGUCAUUUUUGUCUGAUCAACUGUCCAAUAUGAAUAACAAUCGUGAGAUCAGCUUCGAGGACUCCAAAGAGAUAAUCACCAUCCCACUAGAAGGAGAAGAGCCCUUCGAGCAACGUCGCAUACCUUUCGCUAUAUCGAGCUGUGUCUGUGGUGAAACAUCAAGAGUGAGGCAUUACCUUACAGAAUCAGUCGACAAAUCCAUUUUCCUUCACGGGCGAGAUUAUCACGGAGAUACAUGUCUCAUUAUGGCUUCUCGAGAGGAAACAUUAUCCAUGAUCUCCUUGCUCCUUGACUUUGGCGCUCGAGUCAACGCAACGAACAAGAACGGGCGGUCUGCGCUUAUGGAAGCCUGCCUUUGGGGUAGGCUGGAGAAUGUAAAGAUACUGCUCUCUCGGGGUGCCGAUCGAUCAUUGCGUGAUAACAGAAAGCAACGAGCCCUGGAUCUUACCAAACCAACUCAUAAGAACCGCAAAGAAAGGCACACGGUUGGGGGUGGGAUCUGGGGCGAUCCGUCAAGAGAGCCAAUAUAUAAGGAAGAUGUCGUCAACCGAGAUAUUGAUCGACGAGAGAUUGCGCGCCUCCUUGACGAGGGAGAUUUGCACACCAAGGCAGAUCUCGUACCACAAUAUCCCGACACAGCCUCUCACUCCUUCAGAAGGUCACCUACUGGCCAAUCGGUCACUCUUUAUGGUCCAAUUCGGCAGUAUCCCAUAUCUACAUCUUACAAGACAAUUGCUUUGCUAGAAAGGGGCAUUGCUUUCCCAUCUAUAGCGGCAAUGAGUGGCUGGGGACACUCACAAUGGCCUUCAACACGGGUAAGCGGCAAGGAUUGGACUGAUAGGGUCCUGAAACUAGCUACCAUCGUUGGUCAUACUCUCGCUGUUGAUGCUCGUAAGGACCACGGUAUCCAGGGACAGUUUUUUGCGUCUCACGCGGAAAAGCAACUGAUCGCUUAUUUUCUCGACCGACAUGUUUUUCUAGAAGAGGACAAGAAGCUCGACUCCCGGUUUGAUAAAGAAAUCGCAGAUGAAAAAUUGAAAAUAUCGGAACUGGCGUCUAUAUACCCUAACAUCCCCCGAAUCUAUCAGCUCCAAUAUGAUAGAAAGCAACUUGAAUUUGAGCUAUUUGACAAAGACGAUCGAUUGCUUGGGGGCGAAUAUAACGAGGCACUGGUCCAGCGCUUGAAACGUGAAGUGUCAAUUGUUGAUGAUGAGAUUGCCCUCCUUGGAACUCGUCCCGAAAUCCGGAAAUUAAAGGCUCGAGAGGGUCAGAUACGGCGUUGGGAAGAUAAGAAAACACUUCAGAGACGCCUCAACCGCAUUUCAACAAUGGAGCCAGAAGCUACUUUGCGUGGGGCAAGUAUUCUGAUAACCUCUCCCAGCCGUAAAAUUUGUGAGGAUUGUCUGCUAUUUAAAGACAGAGUGAACUGCUUUUUCGGUCUAUUGAUCGAGUUACGUGAGUGUACAACGUGA